AUGUUUCGUUGUGCCCUCACAUCGCUUGCCUUGCUGGGGUCUGCGACUGGCUUCACCGUUGAUUUCAGAAGGACAUCCAACGGAAGUUUGUCCUACAAAGACCCAUCACUUUCGCCGAAGGAGCGAGCACAGGAUCUGCUCGAACGGAUGACAUGGGUAGAAAAAGUUGGUCAACUGGGUGGUAUCCGCAGGGCCGUAAGCAGAACGAAUGGCAAACCGGUAUUCAAUGAAACGUCCUUCAACGCGAUAAGAAAGACACAAAACGGGCAACUCGGCCUCGGAUUGCAGUUCAACUACGUCAAUGACGUCCUCCCGAUAAUCAACGACCUCCGCGCUCAACAGGUGGAUGAAUCGCGUCUCGGCAUCCCAUACAUCACGAUUGCCGACUCUGUGAAUGGUAUGUGGAUUUCAGGCGGCACCCUCUUUCCCGGCACAGCUUCUAUGAGCUCGUCUUGGAAUCUGCCUCUCUUCGAGCAGGUUGCGGCCGUUAUUCGUGAGGAGAACCUCGCCAUCGGCGUGCAGUGGGUUCUCUCACCCGAGGUUGACCUAGCCAAGGACCCUAGAAAUGGGCGAAAUGGUGAGAUGUACGGCGAGGAUGGCUAUCUUGUGGGCGAAUUUGCCACCAAAUACAUCCAGACAAUGCAGGAGAAAGACGAGAAUGGAUGGGUCAAGGUCGCGACGACAAUCAAGCACUGGGUUUACGGAUCAGGGAGCGGUGGUGUCAACCGCGCCAGCAUGCAGGGUGGGAUCAACCACAUUCUGAACGACCUCGCUCCGCCAUACGUCAAGGCAAUCCGGGAUGCCAAACCACUGGCUCUCAUGGCGUCCUACUCGAGUGUGGAUCGUAUCCCGUUGUCGAUCAACAGAUAUCUUCUACAGACUGUUCUCCGUGGCAUCUUAGGUUUCAAGGGACUUAUCAUGUCGGACGCCAACGCAAUCGAGUAUCUCACCACAGAAUCUAAGGUAGCGAGCUCACGAUCCGGCGCAGCUCUGAAAGCUCUGCGUGCUGGACUGGAGCAUGAACUCCACCCAGGCGGUAAUGGUCUAUUCACAGAGCUCAUCAACCAAGCCAACGAAACGGAUGUUGUAGCUCUCGUUGACACAGCUGUGCUCGCUCUGCUGGAGAUCAAAUUUACGACGGGCAGCUUCGACCGCCCACUUCCAAGCCUCGAGCAAGCCAACAAGACGCUACGAAGCGAGGAGCACCUUGAUGUCAACCGCAACAUCACGCGGGAAUCCAUCGUAUUGCUGAAGAAUGAUGGAAUUUUGCCCCUGGAGCGGAGCGAGGUCGGUUCCAUAGCUGUCAUUGGGCCGUACGCUGACAUUGUCAACGCCGGCAUGUACGCAGCAUGCAAUGCCACGGAUCCCGCGUACGGCGCUUCGUUCCGCCACAGCCUCGAGCGCGAGAUUGGUGCUGAGAACGUUCGUUUUGUCCAGGGAACCAGCAUCCUCCCCUCAAACGAUACAAGCACCAAAGGCAUUGUAGACGCAGCAGCGGCCGCCCAAGGGGCCGGCUUUGCUGUCGUUGUGCUCGGUUCCGGCUUGGGAACAUUUGAUCCUGCAACAUUCAACAACGAGCGUACCGACGGCGAGGGCUAUGCCCAUGCAGACCUCGGAUUUCCGGGGCAGCAACAACAGCUCCUCGACGCGGUUCUCAACACCGGAGUGCCAACCAUUCUCGUUCUCAGUUCGGGACAGACUUUCUUACUGAGUGAAUCGACACAGCGGUCGGGUGCGAUCAUGCACAGUUGGCUGAGCGGAGAGUUCACCGGCGACGCCCUCGUCGAGAUCCUCUUUGGCGAAACGAACCCCAGCGGCAAGCUGACGGUCACGGUGCCGCAAGCCAACGGCGCCUUCCCCGUGGCGUACGACUAUCUCCCGUCGGAUGAUGUGGGAGGUUUCGGCUCGGCGACGCUGUAUGACUGGCACUGGCCGCAGUUGACGCGCUACUCGCCGCUUCGGUUCGGGUUCGGCUUGAACUACACAACGUUUGCAUUCGGAGAAGCCGAGGCACAUAGCAGCGCGGCGACAAGAAGCUACAGUGCAACCUCGGUUGUUGUGACCACAUCGCUGACGAACACGGGCGACCGAACUGGAAAGGAGGUCGUGCAGUUGUAUUAUCGCCCCAAGUUCAGCGUUAUUGAGUUCCCGGUCAUGAAGCUCAUCCGGUUCACCAAGAUUGAACUUGGUGCAGGUGAGUCAACAGAUGUUAGGUUCGAGGUGCCGAUGAGCGAGCUCGGGUAUUUUGUCAACGGGGAGUGGCACGUUGACGAUGGCGGCUACUCAUUCUGGAUCGGCAACAGUUCGCGGAAGGAAGAUCUGGAGCUCAUUGAGGUGACAGUCUAG